AUGAUGAGCUGCGGUCACCCCUGUCGCCAUGGCACCAAUGCGGAGGAAAGUACAUGGUAUGGGGUUGACUUCUAUCCUAAUCUCUUCUACAACGACUGGCUGGGCACCACCACUCUCCCCUUUAACCCCGAUAGAAUCCCCAUCCGGUAUAUCAACCGCCCCUGGCCUGCACUGUGUUGGAAGGUCACCGUGUCUGUGGCCUCUCUGUUUCUCCUGCUGGGGGUGGCAGCUCUGACCACUGGCUAUGCUGUGCCCCCCAAACUAGAGCUCGUUAACGAAAGUAAAGUCUCAUCGACGGACGAUCCAGUAGCGGACUACAACCAGGCCCUGAUGACCUGCCGCGUGGUGGGAGCGACGCUGUGCGGCGUCGCUGGCAUCAUGUUGGCUGUCUGCCUCUUCUUGAUCGCCUCUGGUUGGAUGAUCCAGGACAUCAAGGCAGAGCCCCUAGUCACUGAAGCUGACAGCCCUGUGGAGGUAUUCAGGGAUGAGCCCGAGAAGCUGUCCCCUGCCCUCCUUGAGGCCAGCAGUCAGUCGCCGUUCUUGACUCCGCCCAGCCCUUUCGGGCAGCAGUCGGGCAAGCCCCAGCGGGACUUGUAGGUCUGCAGGCCGGAGAAGUCAGACACUUCCCGCCUGGCACUCCUUGCGUUCAUCACCCUGACUUCUUCUCAGUAGUGCCAAUCUCUCUAGGACCCUUAUAGCUUCCCCCUCCCCACAAAUCAAUUCCCAUGCACCAGUCUCACCCCUGCUUAGGUCAGGGGCCAACUCAACCAAGAACUGCUCUUUCAGACUAGUGAAACGGCCCAGAGAGAGCCCAGAAACAGCCCAGGAAGACCCAGGGCCUUCCUGGAGUGACCGAUGAUCUGAGUUUUAUCUCUCAGACCUACAAAGUGGAAGAGGAGAAACUGGCUCCCUCCAGUGGUCCUCUGACUCUCACCCCAACAUCCCACUCACAAAGAAAGGAAAUAAAGAUACACAUUCCAAGGAUUAGGGAAAGUGGAAUGUUUUUGUCCCUCAAAGUGCAACCCCUAG